AUGUUGCGACAGGUGUUGCACGAAGGUCUCAGGACGUCUUUCCACAAAUUGGGCCAUUUUGUCGCCAAUCACCCCGUCUUCUUCGCCUCUACUCCGGUUCUGAUUUCUAUUUUACUCGGUGCAAGUUUCAGCCGGUACCGCAUAGAAGAAAACGUGGAGUACCUGUUGGCCCCGAAGCACAGUCUAGCGAAGAUAGAGGGGAACUUGGUGGAUAGUUUGUUUCCCGUAAACAGAUCCAAACACACGUUGUACUCAGAUUUGCAGACGCCGGGCAGAUACGGUCGUGUCAUCGUCACCUCGCGCAGAGGAAGCAUCCUAGAACCACAAUACGUCGAUUUAGUUUUGAAGCUCCACCGUACCAUCACCCAGCUGCAGGUGCCCACGCUGGGCUUCAACUACACCUUCAACCACCUCUGCCUGCUGGACGACAGCAAGAGCUGCAUCGUGGACGACAUCGUGCACGCGCUGGCCGAGGCCCAGGGGGCGCGCGCCGCCAACCGGACCGUGCCGCCGCUGCGCUACCCCAUCACCAGCCUGCGCGACGGCCGCGAGGCCUACAUCGGCCACCAGCUGGGCGGCGUGCAGCCGCUGGGCGGCGGAGGAGGAGGAGGGCGGGACGGCGGAGGCGUGCGCGUGGCCCGCGCCCUCCAGCUCACCUACUACCUGCAGGCGUCGUCGCCGCUCAACGAGCUGGUGGCGGCGCGCUGGGAGGCGGCGUUCGUCGCCGAGCUGGAGCUGCUCGGCCGCCGCCACCCGGAGCUGGCGCUCUACCCGUUCACGUCGUCGUCGCUGCAGCGCGACUUCCAGCGCAGCAGCCGCGUGGCGGAGCGCCCCCUGCUGGUCAGCCUGGCCGUGUGCAUGGCGCUGGCCGUGCUCUGCUGCUCCAUGCGCGACUGCGUGCGCACCAAGCCCUGGCUCGGCCUGCUCGCGCUGGUCACCGUCAGCCUGGCCACGCUGACCUCCGCCGGCAUCUUCAACCUCAGCGGCGGCAAGUACAACUCCACCUACCUGGGCAUCCCCUUCGUCAUGCUGGGUCACGGCUUGUUUGGCAUCUUCGAGAUGCUGGCGUCGUGGCGGCGGACGCGCGAGGACCAGCACGUGAAGGAGCGCGUGGCGGCCGUCUUCUCCGACUGCCUGCUGCCCUUCACGGCGGGCACGGCGCUGCACCUGGUGACCUUCGGCAUCGGCGCCAGCCCCUUCACCAACAUCGAGGCCGUGCGCCUCUUCUGCCGCAACGCCUGCCUCUCCGUGCUCUUCAACUACCUCUACAUCCUCACCUUCUUCGGCUCCAACCUGGUGUUCGCCGGCUACCUGGAGAACAACUACCGCCACAGCCUCUUCUGCCGACGCGUGCCCAAGCCCGAGCUCCUGCAGCAGAAGCCCGCCUGGUACCGCUUCCUGAUGUACACGCAGUACAACGAGGGCCCGGCGUCCGAGCCCGACCUGCAGGCCUACGAGAGCCACCUGCUGGUGGCCUUCAUGAAGCGCUACUACUGCGACUGGAUCACCAACACGUACGUCAAGCCCUUCGUGGUGCUCUUCUACCUGGUGUACGUGUCCUUCGCGCUCAUGGGCUACCUGCAGGUGAGCGAGGGCUCGGACCUGAGCAACAUGGUGGCCACGGAGACGGGCACCAUCGCGUACAUGCGCGCGCAGCAGCGCUACUUCAGCAGCUACAGCCCGGUGAUCGGCUUCUACAUCUACGAGUCCAUCGAGUACUGGAACGCCAGCGUGCAGGAGGACCUGCUGGAGUACACGCGCGGCUUCGAGCGCAUCUCGUGGUUCGAGAGCUACCUGAAGUACCUGCGCGGGCUCAACGCCAGCCAGAGCCUGCCGCGCGGCGACUUCACCGAGCGGCUGCGCGCCGGCUUCCUGCGGCAGCCGCGCUACGCGCACUUCGCCGACGACAUCAUCUUCGCGCGACGCGGCGUCGGCUCCGACGGCGGCGCCGGGAGCGACGCCGAGGUGGUGGCCUCGCGCAUGUUCCUGGUGGCCAAGACGACGGAGAACAAGCGCGAGGAGAUGGCCGUGCUGCUGGACACGCUGCGCAAGCUCUCGCUGACCUCGCGCAUCAAGUUCAUCAUCUUCAACCCGUCGUUCGUCUACAUGGACCGCUACGCGUCGUCGGUGGGCGCGCCGCUCAAGAACUCGUGCGUGGCCGCCCUCUUCCUCCUCUUCUUCUCCACCUUCCUGGCGGCCGACCCGCUGGUCAACGGCUGGCUGGCCGUGACGGUGGCCUCGGUGGAGUUCGGCGUGGUGGGCUUCAUGACGCUGUGGCACGUGGAGCUGGACUGCGUCUCGGUGCUCUGCCUCAUCUACGGCGUCAACUACGCGGUGGACUCGAGCGCGCCGCUGGUCUCGGCGUUCGUGCUGGGCCGCGAGCACUCGCGCACCCACUGGGUCAAGCUGGCGCUGGAGCACCACGGCGUGCCAGCGCUGCAGAGCUACCUGUGCUACGGCGCCGCCCUGCUGCCCGUGGCCGCCGUGCCCUCCAACCUGACGCGCACGCUCUUCCGCUGCCUCUUCCUCACCGUGCUCAUCGUGGCGUUCCACUGCCUGGCCAUCCUGCCGGUGCUGCUGACCUUCCUGCCGCCGUCCAAGCGCAAGAAGAAGCGAGACCGGAAGAGGGCCGGCGGCGGCGGCGGCAGCGACGGGGGCCGCGAGGAGAUCGAGUGCGUGGAGAUGGCGGACAGCACGCGCGUCGUCGACCAGAUCACCACCGUCUGACGGCCGCAGCUCGGGAAAAAAAAAACGCUAACCCGCUAACCGCCCACUCCCCCCCGUCAACUGUUUGACCAACACAAAUGGACAGACAGAGAAACGGAAAGCUGAUGCCUUUCCGGUGGAAGGUGACCCACAAGAGGGGCUUUGUUUGAGUCUAUGAGUACGUCACUCGCGUGUGACAAGUGUGUCAAGUUUUAGGCUGCGGCUCAGA